AUGGCUUCUGCUAUUAGCUCUUUUGUCAUUCCAAGGGAAAACAGCAAUCAUCCAACUUGUAAACUUUGCCGCAGCGCAGAACUGAACAACAACGUCAAACUACUUGGCUGUCUACACGAAUUUUGUGAAGCAUGUCUCAAGAAAUUCCUGGUCGAAAAUUCUGUUAUUUGCCCUCACUGUGGAAAGCGAAUGCUACUUGGCGAUCAAGGAAUAAAUGGACUUCCAUCUCAUGCGUUUUAUGAUCAAGUUAAAGACAUCAAGAAUUGUGAUCAGUGGAUUCGACAACGGAGGGACGCCUUUUGUUGGGAGAUGUAA